CAACCGACCGCUGUCUGUAGUGCGAGUGCGGCUCUUCCCCGGUGUCGUUGUUGUUCCUGCGGUCUGUCCCUUCCGACUGCCGUCUUCCCUAUCCAUCAGCUUUCUGUGCAUCUGUUGUGCUUACACCGAGCUGGCCACUCGACCCUCCAUCCUCUGUUGGGCGGAUGUCUGAUUUGAUCACCGUUGACGAUCUCGCCUUCGAUGAAAUAACCUACAUUGAUGUAGAUGACAACAACUUCUGGAAUCCUUUCUUUCCUCCCAAUGACCCGAACGUACGGCAAGGGGAGGUGCGGAUGGGGGCGAGUACAGGUCUAUCAGCAACCUUCACAUUCACUGGCUCGCAAGUGUCGGUGUUCGGACGCGUUCAGCCUGCGCUGAAUGGGUCGCAGCAGCCGCUUUCGCUCUAUAGCGUUGGUUCGCAACACCUUCAGGCGUUCGUCGCUCCGGAUGUCACAACGGCGCAAGACAAUGUCGCGUUUUUCAACUCAAGCGUGAUGCCCUACAACCAGUAUACCCUGAUCAUCAACGUCUCGCGUGCCAGCGCCAGCGCGCCGUAUUUCCUGGACUAUAUUCAAUACAACACCUCAAACCCCGAUGCUGGCCCUACGAGCGCGCCGAGUUCGACGUCGACCACCUCGUCUACCUCGAGCACUGGCAGCGGCACCCCCCUUUCCGGAUCAUCGGGGUCAUCUUCGCUUUCUGCGCCUGUAGGAGCGAUCGUGGGAGGGGUCGUUGGAGGAAUCGCCGUCAUUGCGGCCGCUGUGUUUGCGUUCGUCUGGUAUCGCCUACGGGAGCGGUCGACGAGGAAGCACGCUGGCGCUUCCGACGAAGGCAAAUUCUCACCCCCUUCUGGCAUCACCCCAUAUAUCGUCCCCUCGCUUGCACACUCGCAGGGUCGUUUCGCAGAUUUUGAUGAGCCGCCAAACGCUCUCGGUCCAUCCGGGUCUAUCUUUGUCGGGCAACAUGGCAGCUCUCAUUCGCUCGGGUACCACGGGAAGUCCGGCAGACCCAACAAGGCGGCGCUUGCUCGUGCUCUCUACCAAUCGAGCCCGUCUCCCGGGUCCCUCUCCACAUACAGAGACGACUCCGCCCAAGAUGCUACCUGGGGCGCGCAGAGCGUCAGCGGCACAGGGACAGGCUCUGGCUCUGAAGGCCACCAAGCCCAGUCCGUGCUCUCGCGUUCUGCCCACACUCCGUCCCCGCGCUCCACUGUCCCCGACCUUCCCAAUCCCGCGAACCCGCCUGCACACUCUGGGACUCGGGCGAAAGGCGCGCGCUUUGAACCGUGGGGUCCUCGUCCUCCCGGCAGUCGUCCUGCGACACCCACGUCCCCUGGGCCGCCGCCAGUACAAGAAGACUCGGGGGUGCGCUUCCAGCCGGGGCUCACGCCGUCCAACGUCGCGCCGGUCUUGCCGCCAGGUGUGAUUCCUGGGCCGAUACGGAGCGCGGCGACGGGGUCUGAGGUGGCGAGGGCGGACAUCCCGCCAGCGUAUACACCAGACUGAGGGGUUCGUGUUGGGGACGUCGGAUGGAGGUUCGGGCUCGAGAGUUUUGGGCUCGUUGCCUGUGAUAGCGUUACUGAUGCUUGGCGUAGGCAUUAGGGGUAGUCAAAGAUGGCGUUUCGGAGGACGGUUCGACAAGCGAUUCUGCGGCGAUUCGGUGGAAGGGAAUCGUCCUGGAUUCGUGUGGGCACUUUGACCACCCCACGUUUCUACGGGUCGAUUCCAGGAUAGAUUCUUGAGUCGGUCAGGCCUUCGGGCGUCUGUGAUAUCAGAAUUAGGUAAUCUAUGCAUCCUCGCGCGAUGGUUUCUCGACGUGUGCCGCGUUGUUCUUCCCCCUACUAUGCCUUGUUACAGCUCUCGGGCCCGCAUAGCGAAUAUAUUCAGUUUACC